GCAACAACUUUUGUAAAUUUUUGGUUUUGUACUUUACGUCUAUAAUCAUAAAGCAUAUAACUAAAUGGCAAUAUGAAAUAUCUGAAUAGAUAAGUUUUAUGUAAAUGUUUUUUUAUAAUUUCUUAGCGAUAAGUAUUAUCACUUGCAGUCAGUUUCAUCUUUUGGUUUUGUCAGACAAUAAUCAUAAAAGGUUUUUUUAAUAAUACAUCAUGAUUUUUCUAAAAGGAAAUAGAAUAAUUAGCAUAAGAAUGCUGCCAAUUUUUAAAACCAUGGCUGCGUAUUCGACGAAAGUUUCGCUCAACGAAGUAGUGAUUGCCUCUGCAGUCAGGACUCCCAUGGGAUCUUUCAGAGGAAGCCUGGCGAGUUUGUCUGCCACCGAGUUGGGUGCUGUCGCCGUCAAGGCCGCGGUGGAGAGAGCCGGUAUUCCUAAGGAGGAAAUUAAAGAGGUAUAUAUCGGAAAUGUGUGCUCAGCUAAUCUAGGUCAAGCCCCAGCCAGGCAGUCUGUUAUAUUUGCAGGUCUUCCUAAAAGCACAAUAUGCACUACAGUGAACAAAGUCUGUGCCUCUGGCAUGAAAUCUAUUAUGUUGGCAGCCCAAGGCCUCCAAACCGGAGCCCAAGAUGUUAUCUUAGCAGGAGGUAUGGAAUCUAUGUCUAAUGUGCCUUACUUCUUAAAGAGAGGAGAAACUCCUUAUGGUGGUAUACAAUUAGUAGAUGGAAUAGUGUUUGAUGGCUUGACUGAUGUCUACAAUAAAUUCCAUAUGGGCAACUGUGCUGAGAACACAGCAAAGAAAUUAGAGAUCAGCAGACAGCAGCAAGAUGAAUAUGCUAUGGCUAGUUACAAGAGAAGUGCUGCGGCUUAUGAAGCCAAGGCUUUUGCCGACGAGAUUGUCCCGGUGCCAGUCCCACAGAAGAGAGGUGCCCCACCAGUCAUGUUUGAAGCCGAUGAAGAAUAUAAAAGGGUCAAUUUUGAGAAGUUUAACAAAUUGGCCACUGUUUUCCAAAAGGAGAAUGGCACCGUCACUGCCGGUAAUGCUUCAACAUUGAAUGAUGGAGCUGCUGCAUUGGUGCUGAUGACUGCUGAAGCUGCGCAAAGACUGAAUGUGACCCCUAUUGCAAGAGUGGUUGGAUUUGCUGAUGGUGAAUGUGAUCCAAUUGACUUCCCCAUAGCUCCAGCGAUUGCUAUUCCCAAAUUAUUGGAAAAAACUGGUGUUAAAAAAGAGGAUGUGGCUCUGUGGGAGAUCAAUGAGGCCUUCAGUGUUGUAGCUGUUGCCAACCAAAAACUGCUAGAUCUGGACCCAGCUAAGAUUAAUGUGCAUGGUGGAGCUGUUAGUUUGGGUCACCCUAUCGGUAUGUCUGGUGCCCGUAUUGUUGUCCACUUGUGCCAUGCUCUUAAGAAGGGAGAGAAGGGUGUAGCCUCCAUCUGCAAUGGUGGAGGUGGUGCUUCAUCCAUCAUGAUCGAAAAGUUGUAAGUUCAUAAAUACCAUGACAAUUUUAUUUCCCUUAUAACUUUACCACUGAGCCUUUUAUGUUUGCUGUUAAAAACAGAAUGUGUUUGAAUGUUGAAGCUUUAAAAACGACAAAA